AUGAAAGACCGUUCAAUGUUGAAGCACUAAAAUUAGAAUAACAAUUUAGUCGAAACAUGUUUAUUUUGUCCCCAUGACAACACAAACACCACUAUAUUUGUUCGUCGCAUUAAACACGUAUUUUACUUAUAUAUCUUAAUGCUUAGUUUUCUUCGUAUCAAAAUGUAAAAGUCAGUACUUACUUACGUAAAAAGCUCUAAAUAAAAUACUGGCACAAAUGCUUUAGGAAUUCUUCUGGCACAAUAAAAAAUAUCAUAGAAUGACAUAAACCAACGAAUUUAUGUCAGAAAACAAAGACAAAUAAACUAAAGUUGUUUUAUAACGGAACAUAUUCAUAAUGCCCAUUGUGAUGAGUAAGGAUGAAUGGGCACGCAUCACCAGAUGGACUGACACGAACCGGGAAGACCCCGAGGUGGUUCGCCGACGCGAGUACGUCAGAUACCUGGACGCUACCAGCAAGGAAAUGACUAAACACUGGCCAAAUUCUGUGGAGAACGUAAACAAACGCAACGAGGAGUUGCGCCGCGAGAGGAUCGCGGAGGCCGAUGAGGCUAAUACUCGGUUCUACAAACGCUACGUGAAGCAGCAGAGGGAGCAGCAGCAACGGCUGAUGCACAGCGCCAGAGACAUCGUGUUUAAGAACAAGGACGCGCCUAAAAUGUUACUCGGUGCCGUUAUAGAAACAGUGAUACAGAAAGAGCGCAUGGAACAGCUCAAAUUCCUGGAAGAACAGAGGCGUCUGCAAGCAGAACAGAAGAGAAGAGACGACGACGACAUAAUCCAGAAAGCUAACGAAUGGAACCAACUGAUGGCAGAUCGAAAGCAGAAACGAUUUGAAGUCAACAAGGGACAUCAGAAGGAGAUAGUCGAUCAGGCCAAUGAGAUCGCCGAGCGAAACAGAAUUGAGUACGAGACGGAACUGAAUCUGCAGAAGAUCGACAACAUCAAAGCAAACGAACAGAUGGAGGCUAUUAAAGAGUUUGAAACUAAUUUUAAAGCAGCAGAAAAGGCCCGCAUCUGGUCCGACAUGGAGAGGUCUAAGGAGGAGAGCGAGCAGCGGCGCAAGGAGCAAGAGGCCCGCGACCGCAUGGACGACCGCCUGAUGAACGUGCUGCUCAGGUCCAAGGCCAGGAUUGAUAGGAGACGGAAGCAGACCGAGAUUGACUUGAAGAACGAGAAACUGCGUGUGCUAGAGAAGAUCAGUCAGAAAUUGGAUCUGGAGACGCGGCGCGCGAGGAGAAGGAACAGGCCAUACUGCAGAAGGCUAUUGAAGAGAAAGAAGCUAUUAACGAAGCUCGCAGACAAGCAGAUAUACGCAAGCAGGAGGCGUUCAAGCAGCAGCGCGUCGCGGACCGACAGCAGUUCCUGCGGGAUGAGGAGCAGCGGCUCAGGGAAUUCAACACCAUGCGCCAGUGGGAGAUCAUGAACAGGUUCAAGAAUGCAGAGAUUCAUAAUGAGUUCAAAGAAAAACUUCGUCUACAGAAGGAGAGGAAAAUUAAUGAGUACAAAGAGGAUAUACUGAAACUAUGGAAAGAGCGUUCAGACCGCGAGGCGCAGGAGCGCGCCGACACGCGCUACUUCUACGGGGAGCUCGCCG